GUUGCGUUUAGUUGUUUUGCCACCCACGUUAUCUGCGUGGACUUUUAUGAAUGUCUGCGAAAGUAUUUGAAUUAUCAUCGACAUAAAGGAAGCGAGUAUUCUCAGAGGAAGCGGAGGAAUAACUUCAGGGAAGGAGCAUGAGCACACCAUCUUCAGGUCAGAAGAUCCCAGUGGACUAUGGUGUCCAGAUCCGCUUCAUCAAUGACCUCUGUGACGCUGGUGGGGGGCAGCCCGGAUCCCAGCCCAAGACCAAGGCUCAGGCCCCCUCCAAAUACGGCGUGGCAGUCAGGGUGCAGGGCAUUGCUGGUCAGCCAUAUGUGUUCCUCAAGGAUGGAGAGAAAGGAGACUCAUACGGGGUCCAGCUCCGGACCCAGUACCCUUCCGGUUAUAAUAGCCUUCCUCGGAGGAGAGAGAAGGCAGAGCCAGGAACAGAAGGGGGAGAUGUAGGAGGAGCGGGAGGAGGAGGAGGGCAGGGAGGCGCACUACGCAGGGCCCAGUCUCAUGGCUCGCUGCUGGACAGAGAUGGAGAAGGAGGGGCAGGCAAAGAGGAUUUUAAGCUGUCUCGGCCACCAGGGGAUGGGAAGUCUGGUAGUUAUGGGAAUCUGGAUGGGGGAAUUGGACAAAGGGCAGAGAGAGAAGAGGUCUGGCAUGUUAGGGGUGGAGAGAGGGAUGUGGAGAGGAAUAUGUGGGAUGGUUCGUACAAAGCACGGCUCAACGGGCCACUGAGGAGCAGUCAGGACUACUCUGACUCAUCUCGACAAACAAAUGAGCAACCCUCUAAUCAGAGGCAGACUCCUGUCAACAGACUGAUAAACAGAUUUGAUGGUGGUAACACUGGAGUCCAACAGAGAGGACACCCUCCUGUGCAACAAGACCCCAGGGCUACACCUCCUCUCCUCACCCCCAUUGCCUACACCUCUCCUCCAUCUUCAACUCACAGCAGCUUGGGACGCAGCCAGGGUGCUGUCACGAAAUUUCCAGGACACUCCUCUAAUCAGUGGCAUGCUGCUGUGGAGAUGCCACAGGCCAAUCUGACUGAGGCACAGGUGACUCCUGACCUUUUGCUGGACCAGGGUCCGAGUGCAGAGAUGAACAGUGAGGAGGAGCAGGCCAUGCAGACCAUAUACAACAUCCUGAGACAAGGGAGCACUGAGAGUGAUGUUAUCAUCAGGCACAAAGUCAAGGUCAUCUCUCAGAAGAUUCAGAAUCUAAAGCCCAAAGAAAGACACCAGGAAGAGUGGAUGAGAGAAAAGAGGGUGCUUGAAAGAAAGGUGGCUGAACUACAAAGUGCCCUGCAAGAGGAAAGAAGGGACUCUGUUAGCAAUUCUGAUCCCGCUCUGAAAGCUGAGCUGGAGUCCUGUCUGGAUGAAAAUCUGCAGCUCGGAGAGAUGCUGGACCGGAAGAAGAAAGAAUUAAAUGAAACACAAUCAGAGCUGACUCAGCUGCGUAUGGACAGGGAGAACGCAGAGGCUCGGGUCAGAGAAAUGGAGGACCAGCUGGCUGAGUUUCAGGAUGAACUGAGAAGAGAGAACGGAAACAAGACGGACCUGAUGUCUUGUCAGGCACAGCUGAUGGAGGUGUGCCAACUGAAACAGAAGCUGGAGGAGACCUUAAGGCAGAGAGAGAGAGAACUAACGGCCCUCAAAGGAGCUCUGAAGGAAGAGGUGGCCGGCCAUGACAAAGAGAUGGAGACGCUCCGAGAGCAGUACAGCGCUGACAUGGAGAAGCUCCGCAGCAGCAUGGAGCAGGUGUCCCAGUCUCACGCAGGGAUCGAGGCAGAGCGGUUGCGUGUAAAUGCGUCAGUUCGGUCCCUACAGCAGCAGCUGGAAGACUGUAGAGAUGAAAGCAACCACUGGAUGGAGCAGUUUCAUGCCACCAGAGACGAACUCAGAACAACUAAACAAGAAGAGCCUCCCAGCAGCCCCGAAGCACCACUCCUUCAAGCUCGUCUGGAAAAAGAAGAGUUUGAGGAAGAAGUAAAGGACCUCCGGGAUAAAGUGAACACCAUGAAACAAAAGAUACCGGACCCUAACCACGCUCAGUCUCUCAACCAGGAACGUGAGCGAUACAGUGCUGAUCUACAGAAGGCGAAGUUGGAGUUGGAGAAGCAGAGGACAGAGUGUGACAAGAAGGUCAUGGAGAUCAUCUCCUUAAAAAAAUCUCACCAGGAACAGGAGGCAGAACUGAAGUAUGAGAUCGACAGGCUAAAGGACCAGUUACAGAGGGCCAAAGAAGAUUUCGCUAAGGCACAUCAGAAAAACAAACAGCUUCCAAACCCAGCCAUCAUCUCAGAGCUGGAGCAGAAGCUUGAUGAGGCUCAUAGGGAAGCUAACCAGCUCAAAGAGAAACUCUCAUUAGCUGAGGAAGAACUAGAAGCCAGUAAAACACGUCUCAGUAGAGCUCAGAUGGACAUUAAAUCACUCCAAGAUGCCCAGCAGGAGCAGGAGGAGGUCAAUAUACGUCUCAAAGAGAAACUUUCACGGUUAGAGGCUCAGCUGCAGACCAAUGCCACAGAGAGUUCAGAGGCAGAGCUCGCCCUGCAUGCUGAGGUGAGAGGGCUGAGAUCUGAGCUAGACGAGGCCAAACGAAAGGCUUCCAGACUGAGCCAGGAGCACCAUGACAUUAACCUGCGGCUGGAAGAGGCAGAGAAAGACAAGGAGGCACUCAAACAGACCGUCAACCAGCUGGAAGAGACCAAACACCAGCAGGAGAGAGCUCUGGAGAAACUCAACAAAGAGUAUGAGUCUCUGAUCAUGUCCUCAAGAGAAGAGGCGCAGGCUCUCAGGGUUCAGCUGGAGGAGCAGAGAGAGAGGGCACGCAAGGAAAUGCAGGAGGUGCAUCGUCAUGGAAAUGACGCUCAAAGUGAAUUGGAAAGAAGUCAUCUAAAUCUAAGGAGACUGGAAGAAGAAAUGUCACGACACAAGAAGGAGCUUCUGCUUGCAUGCGAAGAGAGAGACAACCACCAGCUGGAUAAAGAGCUUCUCGCCAACAGACUGCGCCACCUUGAGGGAGAGCUUGAGGCCAGCAAAAACAGCUAUAAUGAGAAAACCCGGGAGAUUCGCAUCCUGGAGGACAAGCUGAAGCGUGUGGAGUUGGAGUUGGAGGAGGAGAAAAGCGCUGUGGAGAUGAUGACAGACCGAGUGACCAGGAGCAGAGACCAGAUCGAUCAGCUGCGCUCUGAGCUCAUGCAGGAGAGGUCCUCCAAACAAGACCUGGAGCUGGAUAAAAACGCCAUGGAGAGACAUCUGAAAGAACUGAGGAGUCGUGUGGCUGACAUGGAAGGCCAAUCCCGCUCCUCAGCAGGAGUGUCCCAGAUGGAGAACAAGAUUCAGGAUCUGGAAGAACGUCUACGGAGUGAGGAGAGGGAAAAGAACUCUGUGUUGGCAUCUCAGCGACGUCUGGAGAGGAAACUAAAAGAGCUCAACAUGACGCUGGAUGAGGAGAGACACACACACACUGAACAGAGAGACCAGCUCACUCUGAGAGUGAAAGCUCUUAAGAGGCAGGUGGAUGAAGGCGAAACGGAGCUGGAGAGGAUAGAUGGACUGAGGAGAAAGGCUCAGAGAGACAUGGAGGAACAGAUGGAGCUUAAGGAGGCCUUGCAGUCCAGAGUCACUGCACUAGAGACUGAACUCAAGAGAAAAACCAGUGCAGCGAUGCGCCCAGUUUUGGAUUCAUCAGCCCUCAGUUCAGAUGAGGACGACAGCCUGUAUGACCCCUCCACUAUCACCUCCAUCCUCACUGAAAGCAACCUCCAGACCAGCUCCUGUUAAAACAGCACUUCAGGGACAGGGUGAGGGUGGGAAAAUGUAACACUGAUUUGCAGAAUGGGACUAAGGCCAAAAGGCACAAAGGUACACACUACAGACAAUAAGGGACACAAGGGCCUGUGAGAUACAUGACAUUCUGUAGAGGCUAAUAGGGGAAGGGCAGGAAAUGAAACAUCCUCUGCAUUUUAUGGAAUUACUUUCGGUCUACAAUGCAGACAGAUGUAAUCCAUGGUUUAGAUGGAAGUAUUCCAUUGUGUUCAUGUAGUACAUUAGUAAACACCCCACACAAGGUACUCUAGAAGCAGAGACAAACAUAUAUAGAAAAUACCUCUUGUAUUUUUUGGUACAGAUUCAGUGUGUCAAACCAUUUUGGGCUUGAGAUUCUGGGUCAAGCACUUACAAUGCCAAGUCUGGCUUUGACUGAAUAAUGAGAAAUACUCUUCACCUGUUCAACUUUAGUUUUCUUUGUAGCACAGCCGUUAACAGUCUGAAACCACAAAUCCUGUACCCCAUUAUGCACAGAUUUUAGGUAGCACUACUGGAAAACAAGGAUCAAACACUAACACUGAGAUCAUUCAUGAUUGCCACAAGUGGUUGACGAGAAACUAUGAGGAAUAUUACACUAUAUAAUUCUUACAAUGUUUUCUAAUAGUUGAAGUGCUGCAAAUGACUGGUUUGUUUACUUCAAACAAAAUGUACUGAAGUAUGAAAUCUGUCAUUUUGGUGUUUAAGGAUUGUCACACAGUACACAGCUGAGGAAUUCCUAAUUAUAAGAAUAUAUGGCACUAAUGCCAUCUGAAAUGGACUCUCAUGGACAAAGACACAAUAUAAAAUGUAAAUGUGCUAAAAACCUCAUGUUGUAAGGGUUUAGACAUAGUUGUUGUUCAAGACUUUGUUGAAUCGGAACCAGCAGGUUCAACGGACUUUUAUAGCUUUGUGGACAGAGAUGUCGCUGCUCAAAAAAUGACUGUCCCCUGUCAAAAUAUCUCAUACUGUAUAAAAGUGGUUUUGCACUUUUAAAGUAGAAUAAUGGUCCUGUCUGGUAAAAACUUUUCAGGUAAAAAGUUUAAUUGUAGAAACUGCACAAUUUCUAUGCAUUCCCUUAUGGAAAGUCACUGAAAUAUAUUCUCGUCAUUUCAUUACAAAGCCUUAAGAUUGUUAAAGAUAAUUUUGUAAUGAUAAUUCUUACCUAAAUGAUUUUUGUUAAGUGUUGGUAUUAAACAAUUGUAGAUUUUUUUUUUUUAACUGAUUUUUGUUUACAGUCGAACAAACACUGUAAUUGUAUUGCAUUUGACUGCAAUGUAAUGUUUCUCCCUAUCUUUUCAGUCAGACUGAAAAAUGGUACUUAAUUAUUUGUUAGAUUUUAAUAUUACAUAUUGUAAUUUCUGAUUUUUUUUUUUUUUCUGGAAAUAUUUUCACACUGGCUGUACUUCACAAAAAUAGAAAACUGCAAAGUUAAA